UUUUAUUCUAGCAAUAUCGUUCGAAUGUUUGUCAAUGUCAAGCAUUAAAUAAUCACUUUCAAUUGUCAUAGUGAUGUUCAUGUCAAAGAAUAAGCAUCAAACUUUCGUAAAUUAAACAUAACCUAUAAACAUAGUAACAUUCAUAACCAUGGCCGAUGAAGAAGUCAAUGGCGACACAGAUGAUAUCCAACAUGAUAAGGAUAAAACUCAAAAGAAAACUGCCAAGCACGAUAGUGGUGUAGCUGAUUUAGAAAAAGUCACAGAUUAUGCAGAGGAAAAAGAAAUUUCCUCCCAAGAUAUAUCUGGAGCCCUCUCCUUAAUUGGCGAUAGAAGAAAUAAGGAAGCUGCAGAGCGUCUUGAAAAGGAAAAAGAACUUCAGAAGGUAUCUGUGAAGAAAGAUGAUAUAGAAUUAAUUGUAAGAGAAAUGGAAAUCUCGAGAACAUUAGCUGAAAGAACUCUGAGAGAGCAUAGAGGAGAUGUGGUAGCAGCGCUAACUACACUCACAAAUUAAUUAGUGUCUACUUUAUUAAACUCUAAAAAAUUUCUUUACUUCUGUAAUAUCAUUACAUAAUAAACUUUUCCAAUGGCCUGUUUAUACUUUA